UAAGACCCUCCGUAUGCCUUAUGCCUAAUGUCACGUCAAACAGGUUGUUAUGCUGUGCGGUCAUGAACCAAUGACAACAAUGUCUUGUGACUAUAAAUAAUCAUGUAUUUUGCAGGUGUGUGGAUUUGAUCCAGAGGAUCUCGCUGUGGAUGUUGGAUAUUGGUUUAAAGGAAGCACCAAUCGCAAAGGUUACCUAACAGGUAUGUGUGUGCAGUCCCAAUGUAGUACAAAUUAAAUCUAUAAUACUUUGAUCAAAUUGGCAUUAAGAUGUUCCAUUCUUGUCCUAGAAUUCUGUGAGCUCCAUGGAAGUGAGUAUAUGGAAAUGCUCAUGCACGUUUCUGUUCGAUGGUUGAGCCUGGAGAAGUGUUUGACUCGUAUCCUGCAGCAGUAUGAGCCACUGGCCAGCUACUUCAAGUCAUUAAAUGACAAACAGCCAAGGUUCAGGAGGCUUGUGGUGGCAUUCUCUGACUCAAUUACAGAGGUGUACCUACUGUUCUUUCAAGCAACUUUUCCAGUCUUCUCCACAUUCAACCUCCUCCUCCAGAGAGAGAAGUCGUCAAUCUUCCUACUACAUGAUGAGAUGAGGGGUUUUAUCCGCAAGCUGCUCUCAAAGUUUCUGAAGCCCGCAGCAUUGCAGCACCGGGAACUGCAUGAAAUAUGCUUUAAGGAGCCAUCCAACCAACUGCCAGGAGAAAAGUUGGUGAUUGGCUUCACUACUCGAGUUACACUCAACAGGCUCCUUGAAGCAGGAGCCAUUACACCGCAGCAAGUGCAGAGGUUCCAGAAGGCAGCAGUGGCGUUUCUGGAAAGGGCUGUGGAGUAUGCCAUCAAGAAACUCCCCAUGAAAGAGCCUCUGAUUAAACAUGCCAUGUUUCUGGAUGUCCAGCAGAGAGCAGAGUGUGGAGUGGAAGAUGCCUUCUACUUUGUCGACAGAUUUCCUGAACUUCUCCCAUACAAUGGACCUGAAGAGCGUGACAAACUUUGUGAGGAGUUUCUGGACUACCAGACCAUGGACAUUGCCAUGCCCGACGACCCAGCAAUGUUUGACUUUGAGAGAUUUUGGGGGAACAUGGCAUCAAUGAAGAACAAGGUGACCGGUAUGAGCAGAUUUGGCAGGCUGUCUUGUAUUGCCAAGUUGGUCUUGGUCAUGCCUCACUCCAAUGCUGAUGCAGAGCGAGUUUUCUCUGUGGUUGGACUAAAUAAGACCAAGACCCGAAACAGUUUGGCUCUUGAGGGAACUCUGUCAUCCAUCAUGACCGUGAAGAUGGCGAGCCUUGAGCCAGACUGUUUUAAGUGGGAGCCCCCUGCCUCUGUCAUCAAGGCAUCAAAAUCUGCCACCAACACCUACAACGUUAGACAUGCUAAAUGAUUGACAAAUAAAUGUAUUUUGUCAAAAUUCUUGUCUUGUUAAUUUCUGGUUAAGAGAGGUUAGGAGGCCACAGUGCAGAGAGAGCAGCUGGCAUGGAGGUGAGGACAUCAGUCCUAAGGUAUAAAUCAAUGUUAAAAAAGGCCAAUUUUUUUGGUCGGCGGCCGAACGCUUCUGACUCUAAAGUCUCACUCUUGUCAUUUUCUGAAACUUGG